CUAACAAAUGCAUGCAGUGUGUUCAGACUGUACAGACAUUGCACAUAGCAUCAGAAGCACUGUGUGUGUGUGUGUGUGCGUAUGCGUGUGUGUGUGUGUGUGUGCGUAUGUGUUUUCCGUUUGGAGGCUGCAUGUGCUGUGACGUCUCUGUCAGUGUUUCUUUUUGUCUCAUUCUUUGACUUCACAUUUUAGUCUGAAGAGAGGAGAAAAGAAAUCCACCUCAUCUACUGUUCCUUAGGAGCCGUAACUCUGUGUGUGUGUUUGUGUGUGUGUGAAUCUGCAAUAUCAGCAAUGCUGUGGUCCUUCUUCUGAACUGAACCGGACUGGAACACAGAGCUUGAGCUGCAGCUGGACAAGACGAGUGUGAGAUGGAUGCAGUGAAGGCGACGUCUCGUCCUGAUGCACUCACUCAGAUGAACACGUCUCUGAACACGACCCAGAAUCCGAAGUGUGUGGACAUUAUGGACAGUCCAGUUAACGAUUUGCUAAUAGGCAUCUACAUCACUGCGCUGGUGCUGGGUUUGGUGUUCAACCUGCUCACGGCGUGGCCCAUCAUCCAGCAGAUCCGCAAGAAGAACGUGCUGGGCGUCUACCUGCUCAGUCUCUGCAUCUCAGACGUUCUCUACAUCCUCACCAUGCCUCUGUGGAUCAUUUACUACUACAACGACCACCGCUGGACGCUCGGCCUCGACCUGUGCAAGCUGGCUGGGUUUGUUUAUUACUCCAACAUGUACAUCAGCAUCUACCUGCUGUGCUGCAUCUCUAUCGACCGCUGCCUGGCUGUCACCUUUCCUCUGAAGACUAAGACAUUCCACCGCUUCAGAUACGCCUGGCUCAUCUCAGGGCUCAUCUACAUCUUCACUGCCAGCCUGCACGUCCUGGUCAUCUUAAUGGACAAGGUGACGGACCCUCUAGAUGAAUACGAGCGCUGUUACGAGACGUUUCCCAUGACUGAGCGUGUGGCUCUGUUUAACCUCCUGCGUGUGGUCAUCGGCUUUCUGCUGCCACUGCUGGUGUUAGCUGUGUGCUACUGUCAGAUCUUCAGGAAGGUGAAGGAAAGUGUGGGACUUGACAAUCAGGGCAAACGUAAGGUCAAACUGCUUUCUGUGGGAGUCAUCGCCAUCUUCUCUGUCUGCUACGCUCCCUAUCACAUACAGCUGCUCAUACGCUCCAUCGCCUUCAACUGCUUUCAUUUUAAUGAUUACUGUGAAUUUGAACAAGCGCAGCACUUUUACUUCUCAGGGACACUGGCCAUGUCCAGCCUGAACAGCGUGGUGGAUCCUCUGCUCUACGUCUUAGUGAGUAACGGCAUGAGGGAAAGCGUACGGUUUUGCUGUAGGACAAAAUCCUGCAGCUGCACAUAAAACUACCACAAAACACAGACUGGAGCUUCAGCACUGAGGAUUAAAGUCAGAAUGAAACAAAACAUGAAAAUUCUCCUGAAAUGUGAAAGGACACAAGAAGAAACCUGAGAAAGUCAACUGUGUUUUAUUAAAGCAGAGACCAGUAGAGAAACUAAGUACAUCACUAUUGUGUUGUUUGCUGUUGUGUUGGACCUGUGUGUAAAGUGCGCCCUCUGAUGCAUGACAAAGAAAUGACAAUAAAACAAAUAUAACGCAAUUAAAAGUCAGGAAACAGGU